AGCAACAACUGACGACCAAAGAGGUUAAAAAACUUCCAACGGCCCUUUGUACGCCCACCAACAAUGAGCCUCCUCCUCUUUUCCCGCUCCUGCUUCCUUCCAAUUACAUCACUUCCCUCUUCCCGUUCCCCAUCAUCACUUAACCGGAUCCAAAUACCCAAUAAGAACUCGAACCCGAAUCCAAUAUUCGUCCUCUCUAGCCUGAGACCAGCGCUCGCAGCAUGGCAACCCCCCAAAUACGUGUACCCGGACCCAGACCCCGUAUUCGCUGUCGCUGAGACUGAUAAGUUCAAAGAUGAGCUGAAGAAGAAUCUUUUGAGGAGCAAGGAGAGCUUUGGGGACGACAUGGAUGACGUCGUGAUGGUCUGCGCAGAGAUAUUUAAUGAAUUCUUGCACAAAGAAUAUGGAGGCCCUGGAACUCUAAUGGUGGAGCCGUUCACAGACAUGUUGCUGGCUCUCAAGGAGAAGAAGCUCCGAGGAGCUACAGUAGCUGCAAGGACAGCAUUAUUGUGGGCACAGAACUAUGUUGAUAAAGACUGGGAGAUUUGGAACUCCCAACCAUCACAAGUGAACACUUCAGGUCCAUAUUCCUAAUCUCCUGGUAAAGUUUUUGCGUACUUGUCAUGAUUUUAUUGUGGACAUCGGAUUUGGCUAGCUUGUCAAUGAUAUAAGUCCACACAUUGAUUUCAAUUUAGAGAACUGUCUAUUUCCA